GUGAUUUCCUUUUUCUUUUUAAAUUUAAAUUGCGUAUUUUGCUGCUUAGUGGGUGAUUCGUUCGUGGUACCUUUUUAUGUAUGUCUCUUGAAUUAAAAGACCCAAAAAUAUACUCCUGUUCUGUCUGAACGCUUUACUUUACUCUUUUUUUCUUCCUCUCUUUCGAAAUUCAAAUUUCGGACACUGAAUAUUUUUUAUUCUCUCUGCUUUUUAACUUGGAACUGGUUUCAUUUAUCUCGUUUUGAUUUCAUGAUAGUUCUGAUUUACUGGCGUGUGAUUAUUUCUGAAUUUGUUUUCCUCAUCAAGUAACAGAGUACUCUUUUGAAUAUUACUCUGUUACUUGGCUUUACCAAUUUUUUUUUUUUACUUUAAAAAACGUGGAUCGGAUUCCGUGCUAGCUUUUAAAAUUCAUAACCUGUUGACUAGCUUCAAUCUCACUGGUGAGGGGGUGUUAGGAAUCUUCCAAGAUGCAAAAAAAAUGCAAAAUGUUAAAAUAAAGAAAGAAGAUUUGUAUUUCUAGUACCGAGUUAUAUUUUCAAUCACACACAUAUAAACUUUGCACUUUCUUGAUAGUCACAGAAUCUGUUACUGGAUGCUAUAAUUUUUGGAUCUGAAUUGUUCUUCAAUGAUGGAUAUUUUGAGACACAAGAGUUUUCCAAAGCUCACUAUUUGGGUUUUGCAGUGAUAAUUGAGUGAUUUGAUUUGAUUCCCUUGUUUUCCUGAAAGGAACUUAUGACUUUUUAGUACGACAAGAAAGUGCUGAUAUAACACCAUGUAGCUUGUUUGUGAAACAGAACCUGAGGCCCCCCCUCCCAUUAGGUGUUGUCACUUGUCAUUGGCUUCAUCUAGUGUAGACGAAUACUAUAUUCGCAUACUUCCCUCUUUCCUUAUAAGUCAUCAUCAAAUGUCUGAGAUCAAGCCAUGCUUCUGUGUGUCAGGGUUGUUCCCUCAUGUUCAUGUAGAUCCAGUUCAAUUAUUCACUUCCCAUUAUUGUAUAACUUACUACUAUACACUGUUCUUUUUUUUGUCUUCUUCUGGUCUUUGUAUGUCACCCCACAACAUUGGAGCUGAUGUGAACCAGAAGCUCUUCAGGGGAUUCGCAACUACUGUAGCUGUAAGGGAAGAUCAUUUCGAUGUAUUUGAGAUUCUACUCAAAGCCGGUGCUUCUCAGCCUGCCUGUGAGGAAGCUCUAGUAGGGGCGAGCUGUCAUGGACGCUCUAGGUUCGCUGAGCUGCUCAUGGGAACUGAUCUUAUUCGUCCUCAAGUAGCUGUUCACGCUCUAGCCACUGCUUGUUGCAGAGGUUUUGUGGAUGUCGUAGGGACCUUGCUCAAAUGCGGAGUAGAUGCUAAUUCAACCGAUAGGCUUCUUCUUCAAUCUUCAAAACCUUCUCUUUACACAAAUGUUGAUUGUACAGCUCUUGUCGCUGCCAUUGUCAAUAGGCAAGUCUCUUCCGUCCGCGUGUUACUACAGGCUGGUGUCAAGACAGAUAUUAUGGUGAGGCUUGGAGCAUGGUCAUGGGACACCAACACUGGAGAAGAGUUCAGGAUUGGAGCUGGAGUGGCUGAGCCUUACCCUUUGACCUGGUGUGCUGUAGAAUACUUUGAAACAAGUGGCGAAAUUUUACGUUUGUUGCUCAAAGUUCAGUCUCCGAGCGCUCCCCAUAACGGUCGGACACUUCUCCAUCAUGCUAUCCUCUGCGGCAACCAGGAAACAGUGAGAGUCCUCCUAAACUGCGGCGCCGAUCCAGAAACCCCUAUAAAAACUUCACGAGGCAUUGGACUCCGACCAAUUCAUAUUGCUGCACGUGAUGGAUCAGUGGAGAUUAUACAACAACUGCUUAGCUUUGGCUGCGACAUAAACUCGAAGAAUGAUGCUGGGAAUACAGCCCUGUUGAUCUCUACAAAACACAAACAUUCAGAGUGUGUAAAGGUGCUCGCCCUUGCUGGUGCUGAUUUCGGUUUAGUGAACAAGUUUGGUCAUUCUGCUCUUUCGACCGCUGAGUUAAACAAGUGGUCUCCCGGACUAGAACGAGUAAUUCUUGAAAUGAUCCGGUUUGGUGUGGUUCCACAUUCAAGCAACGCUUCCGUAUUCUCGCCUUUGCUAUAUGUGGCUCAAGUAGGAGAUGCGGAGGCGCUUAAAACUCUUGUAAAAGCUCAAGACAUCUUCCUAGACUAUCAAGACGAGGAAGGUUUUUCGGCUGCAAUGCUAGCGGCCAUGAAUGGCCACGUUGAAGCAUUCAGAGUCCUAGUCUACGCUGGUGCAGACAUGAAGCUAUACAACAACUCUGGUGACACAGUAGUCUCUCUGUCUGAGCAGAAUGGUAAUCGUGACGUGAUAGAGAAGGUGAUGCUCGAGUUUGCUCUUGAGAAGGACAAUAGGAACAUGGCAGGCGGGUUCUACGCUCUACACUGUGCUGCACGCCGUGGAGACGUCAAAGCAGUGGAGCUUUUGAGUGGAAAGGGAUACGAUCUGGACAUCCCGGAUGGAGAUGGCUACACUCCACUCAUGCUUGCGGCCAUAGAAGGCCGUGGACAUAUGUGUGAAUUUCUAAUCUCCCGUGGUGCAAACUGCAAUGCUAGGAACAGAAGAGGGGAAAUGCUACUGGAUCUCGCGACUGGUGAUGCGGAGAAGGUGAUCCGUAACGAGUUGUCCCGGAGGUUUGUGAUAGAAGGAAGCAGUGUGAUGAAACACACCAAGGGAGGGAAAGGGAAGAAGCAUGUGAAGGGAUUGAGAAUGUUGGAAUCAACUGGAUUACUAAGUUGGGGAAAGUCGCGGAAGAGGAACGUGGUGUGCAAGGAAGUAGAGAUCGGGAUGAGCCAGCGGUUCAGGAAGAACCGAAGGGGAAAAGACAAUGCAGGGGAGGAAGAAGAAGGGAUUUUCCGGGUAGUGACUACGGAAAACAAGGAGGUUCAUUUUGUAUGUGAAGGUGGGCUGGUGUGUGCACAGAUGUGGGUGAGGGGAAUAAGACUUGUGACCAGAGAGACUAUUUGUGGGAUAAUUCAGAUUAAAAAUUAGAGUGUUGUUUUGUAUAUAAAGAAGUUUUGAGAAAGGGAGCUUCAUUUUGAAGGUAGUGUGCUUCUGGUUGUGUCGGGGCCUGGGGGUGUUUAUAGUUGUUUGGUUGGCUUAAGAAGAUAAGGUUCAAAUUCCUGGUCUGAUAUCUGCAGUAUAUUUGUGUAGUAGCUCGAGUUGCAUAUGAAUUGUACCUAGUUGAUUUGAAAUC